AUGCUCCCAGCCCAAUGGCCCCCCUUCUCAGAACUCCCCCUCGACAAGUCCGGGCCCCCAGGUAACGCAUGGGGCCUAUUCGGCGCCAACGACCAACUAGGCAUGCUGAACCACCUCACGCCCGAGGUCGUCGCGGCCGCCGCAACCGAGAUCCAGACUGGGAUCCGGGUCUCACUGGACUGGCCGCUGGAUCGACCUUCUUGCCCGACGGAUGAGCGCAGGGUGUUUGAGCAUCGGAUCGUGCAUUAUGCGGAUGUGCCGAUGAAUGAUGAUGAGGUGCAUAUGAAUACGCAGAGUAGUUCGCAGUGGGAUGGGUUUCGGCAUUUUGGUCCAUAUGCGCUUGUAGCGUAUCGAUCCGGGCGAUUCUACAACGGCCACGUCCAAGCCGAUUUCAACGACAAGAGCGUCCUAGGAAUUGACCCCCGAUACCUCGCCCAAUCCCACUCGGCCAGGCUUAAGCAUUCCAUUCAAAUGAACCCGCGAACCCGCGACCAGAAUUCCGCUCACGACCCCAACCUCUCUUAUGUAGAAUGGACGCAAAACGGCGGCAUAAUCGGGCGCGGAAUCCUAAUCGACUACGCCGACUGGGCCAAGCGCAACAACCAAGUUCUCCACCCGCUCGAAUCGGGCCGCGUCAGAAUCCAAGAUAUCCAAACGAUCAUUCGCGAACAAGGGAUCCAGAUCCGGACCGGCGAUAUCCUCUUCCUCCGCGUCGGAUUCACGGACGCAUACAACCGCCUCACGGAAGCCGAGCAAAGAACGUACCCCUCGCGCCAGCCUGGCGGGUUACUUGGGCUUGAAGCGACGAGCGAGUCGUUGCGGUGGCUGUGGGAAUCGAGGUUUGCGGCUGUUGCGGGUGAUUCGCCUAGUUUUGAGCGGGCGCCGCUUGACGGGCCGUUUAAUGGGCCGGAUGUCUCGGUUCAUCAGUGGGCGUUGGCGGGGUGGGGAUUGCCGUUGGGGGAGAUGUUUGAUUUGGAGGAGUUGAGUGUUGUGGCGAGGGGGUUGGGGAGGUAUUCUUUCUUUUUGACGAGUGUUCCUAUUAAGGUUCCUGGGGGAGUUGCGAGUCCGCCAAAUGCGGUGGCUAUUUUUUGA